UGAAGGUCCUUCAGGAACAAUCCCAAUUCAUAGACAGAGGGGCACUAAGGGAACACAGCGCCGUAUGUUGUUGCUGGUUAGUAGGCGAAAAUAUAAUAGGAGUAAUGGCGGUCACAGCUGUUUGUGUAUAGAAACGACAUUGAGUUAAAACGAUCGGACUGCGACCUGAGAUCAGGAAGCACCGGAUGAAGGAGGAGAGCUCUCAGGAUGGCAGGAGUGUUUGACAUCGACUUGGAGACAGAGGACGUCAGUGAUGCAGAGGAGGACGUCUGUGACUUUACUGUGCGAGAACCAGAGCAUGUGCAGACAGAGGAGGUGGAGUUGACCAGUGAAAGUGUGAACAGAGACAGUGAGAGAGUUGGACCGGACUGUUUUGAGCUCCUUACUGUGCUCGGAAAAGGAGCUUAUGGCAAGGUUUUCCAGGUGCGGAAGGUUCAAGGAACUCAGAUUGGAAGCAUAUUUGCCAUGAAGGUUCUGAGAAAGGCGAAGAUAGUGUGUAACGCUAAAGACACGGCCCAUACACGAGCAGAGCGGGAGAUCCUGGAGACGGUGAGACACCCGUUCAUCGUGGACCUGCUCUAUGCCUUCCAGACGGGAGGGAAGCUAUACCUCAUACUGGAGUGUCUAAGUGGAGGGGAGCUGUUCAUGCAGCUAGAAAAGGAAGGCAUCUUCAUGGAGGACACUGCUUGUUUCUAUCUAGGAGAGAUCACAUUAGCUCUCGGUCAUCUCCACUCCAACGGGAUUAUUUACAGAGACCUCAAACCUGAAAACAUCAUGCUUAAUCACCAAGGGCACAUCAAGCUGACCGACUUUGGCCUCUGUAAGGAAUCCAUUCAUGAUGGAAGCGUCACACACACCUUCUGCGGGACCAUAGAGUACAUGGCUCCAGAGAUCCUGACCCGCUCCGGUCACAACAGAGCAGUAGACUGGUGGAGCCUCGGGGCCCUGAUGUACGACAUGAUGACCGGAUCACCUCCGUUCACAGGUGAAAACAGGAAGAAGACCAUUGAUAAGAUCUUGAAGUGUAAACUCAAUCUGCCGCCGUACCUGACCAUCGAUGCCAAGGACCUCAUCAAGAAGCUAUUGAAGAAGAAUCCAGCCCAGAGAUUGGGCUCCAGUAAAACGGACUGUGCUGAUAUCCAGAAACAUCCGUUCUUCAGGCACGUCAACUGGGCCGAGCUGCUGAACAGGACGGUGGAGCCCCCCUACAAGCCCCAGCUGCAUUCGGCCGAGGACGUUAGCCAGUUUGACACCCGGUUCACCAAGCAGCCCCCGGUGGACAGUCCCGACGACAGCACCCUGAGCCACAGUGCAGAACUCGCCUUCGCUGGCUUCACCUACGUGGCUCCAUCGGUCCUUGAGAGUCUAAAGGAAGGCUUCUCAUUUGAGCCCCGAGCGCGGGCUGUACGCCGACACAACAGCAGCCCCCGCACCCCCAUCAGUCCCCCGAACUUUUCCCAAGCAGGACCUUUCAAGUCCAGCAUGGAGGUGGGAGAGUCGUACCGUUUCUCUCCCACCUCCCCACCGCCGGCUGCGGCCCACGCGUCCCUGGAAAAUGGAGCUGCUAGUCAGCCAAUCAGGACGCCCGCGAGGAACAACAAGCAGCAGAAGGGUCAUCGGAGAUGAGAGGGACAUCUUUCAGAGCUCCACCAGAUUGACAUUUUUCAUAGUAUAUAGGAAGUGUUGAGGUAGCGAGCGCAGGUGUUUCUGCUGGGAUCAGGCUUUUUGAGGUGACUAAAAAGCCUAAAUGAAAGUUAAUUUGUGUCAUUGAGCAUUGCAAAUAAUUCCAAUAGUGUUGGACCUGUUCACCAUGUACCUGUCAACAGGUAGGUCCCUCUACACAGACCCACUGGAGCAACAUGGAAUCCUCAGACGGUCACUUUAUCGAGUGACGCUUACAUGCAGCUUCCAUAUUUCUGCGCUGAUCUAUGGCAAACUGACUUAAUAUCAAUAUUCUGUACAGAAAUCACUGGAAAGAAGGUUGAUGAUUCUUCUUCACAGUAAAGGUUUCAUUUUGUAUGUACAUGUUAACUGAUGUAAAGCGUUCUGUUUUGAAUUAGUACAUCAGCUUCCAUCAAGUUCUCCAAAAUUUGCAUACAGAUUUUCCAUCAGACAAUUGAUUUGAGCUUUGAGUAGUAAGAUUUGGUGGACUAUAGCAUAACAAAAUCUCUUGAAGAAAAAUGCUACAUUGCACACAGAAGGUAAUAUGAUCACAAAAGCCAUAUUUGGUCUUGUGUAAAUAUGGUGACAUUGAUCUGUUUGACAUUUCUCUGAGCUUUCCUUUUAGAGAAUCUUUAACUAAUGCCAAAGCGUUUCACACAUCCUGUUAUAUUGUCCAAUCGUACUAUUAUAGAGUGCACUGGAAUAUCACCAAUUUGGGCGGUUGAAGAGGUUGUGCUUGUUUAUAGUAAUUAAUAUAGGAAAAUACCUCCAUAUAAUUAAUACAAGGUACAGUCAAUGCAGGCUGUAAAAACUCAUCUCUGUAUACAAAUUAUAUUAAAUGAAAAAUAUUUUGGGUUACUGAAGAAACUUAUUUUUACAAAUGAUUAUUCAUAUUUUAUUAUUCAUAUAAAAAAACAAAACAAUGAAUUGCUAGAUAUAUUGUAGUAUUUGUCAUUUCCUGAUAUAUCUGCGGCAAGUUCCCGCUGGCUUGCUUACAACUGAAAGGUAAUUCAACACUUGAGGGGUCAUGGAAAGGCUUUGAGGUUCAUUUAAUGCCAAAAUCUUUCAGCUUUUUGUAUGUUGUCAUCUUUUUCUUGUAUAAUAAAUACAAUGACUCGCAGAUUCA